GGGUAAGUGAAUAGUGAAAAUUCAUUAAUAUUGCAAUUAGAAAAGAUACAACGGAAAAUUUUGAGACCGAAUCCUUUAGAAUCAAUAUCAAAUCACCUAAUUAUGGUAGCGGCCGUUACCCACGAUUUGUAGCCCAAACGGUCAAAAAUUCAAAUCACUUAACCCGCAGCUGAAAUCGGAAACUAGCCGUUAUCCGAGAGAAAACCAAUAGAGAGUUUGAGACCGAAUCCUUUAGAAUCAUCAAUAUCAAAUCACCGAUCCGAAGAGUAAAUAAUUUUCCGUUUUCUGCUCCAGACUUCGAUUGUCUGCUUAUUGGAUUGGAUUCCCCAAAUCUGAAGAGCCCCUUCGCCUGCUUUGAAAAAUAUAGUAAGUAAUUCUUGAGCAAUGACAGUGGCAAUCCCCUCCAAUAGAUCUCAGUCUCCUUCGGUGGCAAGGCCUAGAAUCUCCUCCCCGGACACCCAUUCCGCUGCCAGAAGAAGUUUCAGCGGCAGUGCAUCUACCAAACCUUUCCCACUCUCCAACCCCAGACGAACUAUCUGCCCCACCACUCCUGCUAACAGCCCUGCUGAUUCUGUCAGGAGGGGAUUACCGGAUAAAGAAGAGAUAAGAGCUGCAUGGGAUUGCUCAGAGAAGGAGAACGAGAGAGCUGCAAAACUCCGUUCACCUGCUAAGAAUUUCAUGUCCCCAACCAUUUCGGCAGCUUCAAAGUUUUGUCCAUCACCCAAGAAGAAAGUGUUGGUGGAGAGAAAUGAGCCUGUAAGGUCAUCAAUUUCGCUAUGUGACGGUAAAGCCACUUUCUUUUCGUCCAUUCCUCCGGAUUCUACAGAAAACUCAAAACCAAAGUCCGAGAUUUGCUUGGAUACGACCAAAUCCGUGAGAAAGGUGACAUUUUCUGAGGCACCCUUACAUAUUGAUCAUGGGACUGUAGUAAUGGACUCCUCUUUCAGUAAUGAGACAUCACCAAAAAAUACAAAUUCUUGUUACGAUUUUUCUCCAAGUAUUGUAACUUCUUUAGCUCCACUAGUAGCUGCUAAUCCAUCUGGGAGUCCUUAUGAUCCCAAGACUAAUUACCUUUCCCCUAGACCUCAGUUUCUCCACUACAGACCUAAGCCAAGAAUUGAAGCUCUUAAAAGUAUGGAAAAUGGUUGUGAUGUGGUGGGGGAAAGUAGGCACCUAGAUGAAGCCUUUGUGUCUACAAUUGAAGAUUCUGAGCCUCAUAUUGAGGAAUCUCGACAAGAUUCAGAUGAUUCUCCUCCUUCUCCCACUACUACCGAGGAAGAGAUUGUGGCACAAGAGCCUAAGACUUUUGAGGAGGAGACUGUAAUGAAACUAGAAUCUGAAGGAACAAUACGUGAGGAUGUACCUGGUCAGAAAAAGGAAAUGAAAAGUAGAUCCUAUACGGGUUCAGCAUGGGCUGUUACUGUUUUGCUCCUCAUCAUGAUUGCUGCUGGUAUGUCAAAGUCAGCUAGUAAUUGCCCACUUGUAAACUUUUUUGGAAUGAAAGAUUUGAUGAAAAAAGCAGAUCUCUCUCCUAACCCGGGACCUCGAAUUCAAUCUGCUAUGAAAGAUGGCCUGCAGCAAUUAUGGAUUUCAUCAUCAUGCUUGAGUCAUACAAACUCAACCAGUCUUAUAGGAGGGAGAAAAUGGGAGUUGUUAGAGUAUAGAGGAGGGUUUAAGAAGUUGGAAGAAAAUGAGAUGGAUAAGAAUGUAGAAUAUGAUGAUUUGGGGGUUAAAGAAGAUGAUGCGGCGGCAGAAGAGGAAGUUGACUCUGAUGAUGAAGAAGAAGGCAUAGAAGGAGAAGGGGACGAAGACAUAGCAACCAUAGAAGAAGUUUAUUCUUAUUUUGGGGAUGGAGGACAGAUUUCAGUUCUUGAAGAAGUAGUUGCAGUAGAGGAGGGUCAGGAAAGCUCAAGUAGGAAUCAAAAGGGUGAUGAAGAUAUUGAAUUGGAUAGUCCCAUUGUACCUGAAGGAUCUUAUUAUACUAAUGUUGGUGAGAGCAGAGAAGUUUCAGUUGCUGAAGUAGUAGUGGAUGAGGAUGGGCAGAGAAGUUCCAAUGAUGAGGAAAAAAUAAAUGAUUGUUCUUCUUGGUCAAGUGAAAAUGAAAUGCAAGAGGAGGAGGUGGAGGAAGAAGAUGAUGGCGUAGAAUUGGUGGAUGGUCCACCCAUCGAUGAUCAUCAUGUUGUUUCUAAUACCACCAUUUUGAGGGAUUCUUCCAUUGAUGAGAAGAGUAACAGUAAAGCCGAUGAUGACGAUGAGGAGUCUCCAGUUGAAACACUGCAGCAAGAAGGGAGUAGUAUCUCUACUGCAAGGCUGAGAAGAAUUCCAUUGUCUCUUCUUCUUCUUCUUCUUAGUGUAGCUGCUGCAGUGUUUACCUAUCUGAAACAAUGUUGGGCAAAGAAGUGGGUGGCGGCUGCUGUUGAGGCGGGCCUUUGUCCUUCAGGGCAUGUAAGCAGCACCACAUCUUAUAGCAGCAACCGAGAGCGACGGAAGAGCAGCAGCAGCAGUAGCCACCGGAGGGAAUCCAUUGCUACUUCAAUCGGGGAAUGCCUUUCUUACGGGAGCUUCACCACGUACGAGAGGAUUCCCAUCAAGCAUCAUCAUCAACAACAUCUUGUGAGUUAUAUAUAUAUUAAUCAAUCAAUCUUUUUUGACUUUUAAAAAGUUGCUCAUGCUCAAGAAAAGUAACUUGUUGUUUGAACGAACUGUAGGGAGAAGAAGUGAUUACUCCUGUGAGGCGGUCCAGUAGAAUCAGAAGUCAAGUAACUUCACCAUCAUCCCCUGGUGGUGGAUGACAAGGAGAGGAGGCAAUCUUUCUCUUCCUCAACUCUUUUCUUUUACAGUAAUCAUGUAUGUCAAAGAUUUGUAGUAGCAAUUCUUUCUCACUCAACUGAAAUUACUGUAUGGGUGUGAUUUCUAUCUAAAUGGGGAAUGAAUGAAUGAAUCAUCAAUCAAUUAUUUGGUAGGUCAAGCCUUAUAUCAAACUUUUCCUACCUUACCAAUAAUCCGGAAAGGUCCUCAUACCUACGGAAUUCCAUUGCUGUGGCACACAAAGACCAAGUCCCCCCCACUGUAUAUUCUCUCCUCCGCCCACUGCCCGCUUCUUCAUCCGCUUUUUCUAGGCACCAGCUAAGAUUAUAAAAUUGUUCCAUUUUUCCUUUUAAGUCCGUUCCACUAAGAUUAUUUUAUAUCAAAUUUGGUAAAAUUUAUGUGAUUCAUUUCUACCGUAUUCUCACUUUAUCACACAUAAAUAUUGAUCCAAACGGUGGAAUCUCCCACCCCAGGAGCCCCCCAUCCCGACCCGACAGGAGGGUGGGGAGGUUAGUCACGAUGACUCAGUCAGCAGAAUGGCAGUAGGCCCAUACACCCGUGCGCACCAGAGGAUCAGCUUUAUUUCAGGUUCUGUGACCUCCACCCGGUCGCUGCGGGGAUUCGAACCUUGGUCCAUUGAUCCAAAUAUCCCACCACUCGAUCAACUGAGCUACCCGUGCGAAUAUAUCACACAUAAAUAUUAGUGGAGUGUUAUAGUAUGAGCAUUUUUAUAAUGAUAUUGACCAAUCAUAUGCAUUGUAGACGAUAGAAAUGGUACCCUCACUUAUUAGUGGGUAGCAUAGUAUUGACUCCCACUUUUAUAUAAUUUUUUACAGAUGCGUUGUUGUGAAAAUUGUCGUUUAUUUCUGUGCAAUUAAUUUCUAGUUCAAUUUCAUAUUAAAUUUC